UCUUAUGCUUCACUCUGGCGUGUUGCUGUGGUAACAUAAACUCUUACAGGCAUGUUGUUGUCUGGAUGGUGAUGGCAGAUGGCAUCUGACCAGGAGACUCUCCCUUCCUUCCUACCCACCUUCAGCUGGAAGGCUGAUCCUGUCCUGAUUGGCCACAUUCUGAACAAACCUCCCUUGACUGUGGUGGGACUCGAACCUGGGGCAGCGUGGCUCAGAGCCUGGAGUGCUACCCAUUGCACCACGACACCACCUCAGGUGUGCACAGAGCCUGUGCAGUGAAGGAGCAAACAUCCAUAGAUGUUCAUUCCAGUUUCAGCAACAAAGAGAUGACCAAAUGGGGUUUGAUGACCUCAGCAGUUCGGAGGGCGACCUAGAUGAAGGAUUUGGCUCUACGUGGUUUCCUUCAUCCUGAAGUGUUGGGGGGAUAUAGCAGGUGCAGGGGAGCACAAUGGAACCACUCUGUACGAAUCGCUGUUCUCGGCCCUCGUGCCUCUGGACAUUACUGGUGGCCUCGCACUUGGCCGUGAUUGGCCACGCCAAGGGGGCACUACCUCCCUUCAGGACUUUCGAGGUUUCCGACACGAGCCUGACCCACCUGGUCGUCCACAACAAAACUGGAGUUGUCUACGUUGGCGCCGUGGACAAGAUCUACAAGUUGGCGGACAACCUGACCACGCUGCGGUCCCAUGUGACCGGCCCGGUGGAGGACAACGAGAAAUGUUACCCGCCUCCCAGCGUGCAGUCCUGCCCGCACGCCCUGGCGCUGACCAGAAACGUCAACAAGCUGCUGCUCAUCGACUACAAGCAGAAUCGCCUCAUUGCCUGCGGCAGUGCCUUUCAGGGUAUAUGCCAGUUCCUUCGCCUGGACGAUCUCUUCAAGCUUGGGGAGCCUCACCACCGCAAAGAGCAUUACCUGUCCAGCGUCAACGAGGCAGCCACCAUGUCGGGUGUGAUCAUUGAGGGACCCAAUGGGACCAACAACAAACUCUUCAUCGGCACCCCCAUUGAUGGCAAAUCGGAAUAUUUUCCCACCCUCUCCAGCCGAAAACUAAUGGACAAUGAGGAAAACGCGGAGAUGUUUGGCUUCGUCUACCAGGACGAGUUUGUCUCCUCACAACUGAAGAUCCCUUCGGAUACUCUUUCCAAAUUCCCAGCCUUUGACAUCUAUUACAUUUACAGUUUUAGUAGCGAGCAGUUUGUCUAUUACUUAACCCUGCAGCUUGAUACUCAGUUGACGUCUCCCGACUCCAACAGCGAACAGUUCUUCACCUCGAAGAUCGUCCGGCUGUGUGUAGGUGAUCCCAAGUUCUACUCGUAUGUGGAGUUUCCCAUUGGGUGCCUGAAGGACGGGGUGGAGUACCGCCUCAUCCAAGAUGCCUACUUAGCCAAGCCCGGAAAAUUCCUCGCCCGGUCUCUGGGGGUCUCCGAGAAAGAGGACAUCCUCUUCACCGUCUUUUCCCAAGGCCAGAAAAAUCGGAUGAAGCCACCCCGGGAGUCUGCCCUCUGCCUCUUCACCCUGAGGAAAAUCAAACAGAAGAUUAAGGAACGGAUUCAGUCGUGCUACAGAGGGGAAGGCAAGCUCUCGUUACCCUGGCUUCUCAACAAGGAACUAGCCUGCAUUAAUUCCCCUUUGCAAAUUGAUGAUAAUUUCUGUGGACAAGAUUUUAAUCAGCCGCUGGGUGGCACAACGCUAGUGGAGGGCAUUCCGCUGUUUAUUGACAAAGAGGAUGGUAUGACCUCCAUCGCUGCCUAUGACUACAGGGGCCACACGGUCGCCUUUUUUGGGACCAGAAGUGGAAAGAUGAAAAAGAUUCUGGUCGAUUCUGUCAGCCCAGGCCCCUCAGGUCCAAUGCUGUAUGAAAACGUAACGAUUACUGAAGGGAGCCCCAUCCUCCGGGAUUUGGUGUUCAGCCCUGAUUUCCAGUACAUCUACGCCAUGAGCGACAAACGGGUGAGCAGGGUGCCGGUGGAGAGCUGUGAGCAGUACGAGAGCUGUGAGCUGUGCCUGGGCUCCCACGAUCCACACUGCGGCUGGUGUGUCCUGCACAAUGUAUGUUCUCGGAAGGACAGGUGUGAUCGAGCCAAUGAGUAUCAACGUUUUGCCUCGAACCUUCGACAGUGUGUCCAACUGAGCGUCCAGCCCAGGAAUAUCUCGGUCACCAUGUCCCAGGUUCUGUUGGUUUUACAAACCCGCAAUGUCCCCGACCUGUCCACAGGAGUGAACUGUUCCUUUGAGAAUUUCACUGAGACUGAGGCUCGGAUAAUGGAUGGCAGGAUCUAUUGUCGGUCUCCCUCCACCAGAGAAAUUGUCCCGAUCACGAGAGGCCAGGGAGACAAGCGGGUUGUAAAACUGUACCUGAAGUCCAAAGAAACUGGGAAGAAGUUUGCCAGCACUGACUUUGUGUUUUACAACUGCAGCGUUCAUCAGUCCUGCCUCGCGUGUGUGAAUGGCUCCUUCCCUUGCCACUGGUGCAAAUACCGACACGUUUGCACCCAGAAUGCAGCAGACUGCUCGUUCCAGGAGGGUCGAGUCAGCAUGUCGGAGGAUUGCCCACAGAUCCUGCCCUCGACGGAGAUUUUUAUCCCAGUCGGAGUGGUCAAGCCAAUCACGCUCGCUGCCAAGAAUCUACCCCAGCCGCAAUCAGGCCAACGCAGCUAUGAGUGCAUCUUCGACAUCCAGGGGACCAUGCAUCGCGUGCCAGCUCUCCGGUUCAACAGCAGCAGUGUGCAGUGCCAGAACACCUCAUAUACGUAUGAAGGAAAUGACAUCAGUGACCUUCCUGUGGAUCUCUCCGUCGUGUGGAAUGGGAAUUUUGUCAUCGACAAUCCCGCCAAUAUUAAAGCUCACCUCUACAAGUGCACCGCCCUUCGGGAGAGCUGUGGGCUGUGUCUGAAAGCUGAUCCAAAGUUCGAGUGUGGUUGGUGCGUGCCGGAGAAAAGGUGCAUGCUCCAGCAGGAUUGCCAGGCACCGUCGAGAAACUGGAUGCACCAGAGCAGGACAAACAGCCGAUGCACUGACCCCAAGAUCACCAAGCUGGUACCGGAGACUGGGCCCAAGGAAGGAGGAACCAGAUUGACGAUUACUGGAGUGAACCUGGGCUUGACGUUCUCAGAGAUUCGUUACGGGGUACAUGUUGGACGGGUGAAGUGUAUUCCCAUUCCCGAGGAGUACAUCAGCGCAGAGCAGAUUGUGUGCGAUAUGGAGCCAGCUGUGCCUCAGACAGCGAAGAAAGGAUUUGUAGAGGUUUGCGUUGUGGACUGCAAUGACGAGUAUCGGGCAAUCUCAUCAGAACCUUUCACUUUUGUGACUCCGAGAUUUAACAGAGUGAUCCCGUCCCAGGGACCUGUGUCUGGAGGCAGUCAGGUGACGAUAGUGGGGAUACACCUGGAUGCAGGAAGUUCAGUGAAAGCUUACAUCGGAGACAACGCCAUCUGUCAAUUCAAAAGGAGAACCUCUGGGGAGAUUGUCUGUGUCACAGCUGCAUCGGCAAAGGGAACAGGCCCAGCCUCUAUCAGAGUCCACAUCAACAGAGCCGAGCUGUUAAACCCCAAUGUACAGUAUAACUACACGGAGGAUCCCACCAUCUCCAAGAUUGAGCCCGAAUGGACCAUUUCCAGUGGGGGGACGCCACUCAUUGUGACUGGAACCAACCUUGCCACCAUACAAGAGCCAAAGAUUCGGGCCAAAUAUGGCAGCGUGCAGUCCACAAACGGAUGCAAGGUGUUAAAUGACACAGCCAUGAUCUGCAAGGCUCCAUCCAUCGCAAACAGUGGGCGAACCUCCCUGGAAAGUCCAGCUCAGCCCGACGAGAUUGGCUUUGUCAUGGACAACGUGCAGUCGGUGCUGAUCAUCAAUGGAACGGGAUUCACUUAUUACCCGGACCCCGUCUUUGAGAUGCUGAGUCCGUCCGGAAUUGUUGAGCUCAAGCCCAGCUCGCCAGUUAUACUGAAGGGGAGGAACCUGAUUCCCAACGCUCCUGGAAACGUCAAGCUGAACUACACGGUGUUAAUCGGGGAGAAUGCUUGUGUAUUGACCGUCUCGGAGACCCAGCUCCUGUGUGAGCCGCCCAACCUGACUGGCGAGCACAAGGUUAUGGGAAUGAGCAAGAAUAUCAGUGAUAAGGGGAACACCAUUUUAAAGAAGAGAGUAUUGAUUGGCUGGCAAGUGGACUCUGCUCUCUGUUACCAUGAAGAAAGAAUCCAGGAAGAUGAUGAAUGACAAAUAACUGUUGAAGCCUGAUCAGUUUCAAUUUAAGCAAAGCUGAUCAGUUAAAUGUCAGUCAUCACCGAGCAUCUGCCAUGGCAGUACCUCAACCAAUUAAACUCCACUUGCAAACUAUUCGGCACAUUAAAAUGCUAAUUUUUCUAGCCAAAAGCUGU